GCGGCGGCGGGAGUUGGGGCUGGCGGCGGGCCUCGGGGCUCCGGAGCGCGGCGCGGCCUAGGGCGGCCGGCAGUGCGCAGCGUCGAGGGGGAGGACGGCAGCCGUCCCGGUCCGCCAUGGAGAUGGAGAAGGAGUUCGAGCAGAUCGACAAGGCCGGGAGCUGGGCGGCCAUUUACCAGGACAUCCGUCAUGAAGCCAGUGACUUCCCAUGCAGAGUGGCAAAGCUUCCCAAGAACAAAAACCGGAACCGGUACCGGGACGUGAGCCCCUUUGACCACAGUCGGAUUAAGCUUCACCAGGAAGAUAACGACUACAUCAAUGCCAGCCUGAUCACCAUGGAGGAAGCCCAGCGGAGCUACAUUCUCACCCAGGGCCCUCUGCCGAACACGUGCGGGCACUUCUGGGAGAUGGUGUGGGAGCAGAGGAGCAGGGGCGUGGUCAUGCUGAACCGCGUGAUGGAGAAGGGCUCGCUGAAGUGUGCCCAGUACUGGCCGCAGAGGGAGGAAAAAGAGAUGAUCUUUGAUGACACCAAUUUGAAAUUGACGUUGAUCUCUGAGGACGUCAAGUCGUAUUACACAGUCCGCCAGUUAGAGUUGGAAAACCUGGCGACUCGAGAGACUCGAGAGAUCCUGCACUUCCACUACACCACGUGGCCUGACUUUGGAGUCCCCGAGUCGCCCGCCUCGUUCCUCAACUUCCUUUUCAAAGUCCGGGAGUCGGGGUCCCUGAGCCCCGAGCACGGCCCGGUGGUGGUGCACUGCAGCGCGGGCAUCGGCCGCUCGGGGACCUUCUGCCUGGCCGACACGUGCCUCCUGCUGAUGGACAAACGGAAGGAGCCGUCCUCCGUGGACAUCAAGCAGGUGCUGCUGGAGAUGCGGAAGUUCCGCAUGGGCCUCAUCCAGACGGCCGACCAGCUGCGCUUCUCCUACCUGGCCGUGAUCGAAGGCGCCAAGUUCAUCAUGGGCGACGCCUCCGUGCAGGAUCAGUGGAAGGAGCUCUCCCACGAGGACCUGGACCCCCCGCCCGAGCACGUGCCCCCGCCGCCCCGGCCCCCAAAACGCAUCCUGGAGCCCCACAAUGGGAAAUGCAAGGAGUUCUUUUCUACCCAGCAGUGGGUGAAGGGUGAGACAGAGGAGGAGCAGGACGGGCCCACCGAGGAAGAAGCCAGCGCCCUCCUCCACAGCCUGGACAGCGCGCAAGACACUGGAGCUCGGAAGCGGAUCGCCGGCGGAAGCGGGGGCCCCCGGGGCCCCCAGGCCGCCUCGCCCGCCCCGGCGGAGCCGUCCCCACCCCUCGAGGAGCGGGAGCCGCGGCCGGGCCGCACCCCGUCCCCCUGGAAGCCCUUCCUGGCCCACGUGUGCAUGGCCACCGUCCUCACGGCGGGCGCCUACCUGUGCUACCGGGCCUGCUUCCACUGACCGGGGCUGCGGGCCGCGCACCGGGCUCCGCGCGGCCCGGCCGGGGUUUGGCUCAGAAGCAGCAGAGCCCAGGCUGCAGAGGCCGCGCGCGGGAGGGCGACCCGAGAACUGAGCACCCCGCACGGGGUCGAGGAGCCCUGUGGUCCCCCGGAUAUCAGAGUCUAAUCUCAGGGCCUUAACCUAUUCAGGAGUAAGUAGAGAAAAUGCCAAAUACGUCUGUCUGUUUCUCCGUGUUUCUGUCUUACACACUUUUUCCCUUUUGUUUUAGUUUAUUUGUUUUUGGAAAAAAUGCAGAAUUACAACACAUUGUUGUUUUUAACCUUUAUAUAUGUAUGUAUGUAUGUAUGUAGCUAUGCAUACACACACAUAUAUGUAUAAACAGCUUUUUGUUAAUUUCUGAAGACUAGGCACUUAGAACUUUCUCGUAAGGGAGGUGGUGGAACCAGAUACGCGAUUGAUAUGUGGUUCCCUGGGGCAAGAACCCCGAACUUGAUGAAUGUGUGCUCCCUUGGAGAGGAGGGCGCCUGCUCGGAGGGUCCCCCCCCCCCCAGCAGGUGCACGUGACCGUGUUGAGCGGAGCCGCCAGGCCGGCCUGUGCGCUGCUGCCCCGCGUGCGCAUGCGCCCCUCCCUCCCGGCCCCUCCCCCAGCGCGGCAGUGAGGGGAGUCGGUGCUGGGGAGCGGGCGGCCUCGGACGGCUCCCCUCUGCGGGCGGGCGGCGGGCGCCCUGCUCUCCCGGAGGGGCCGGGUUUGAGGGGGGCGAAGCGCCUUGGGUCCGGAGGGUGGAGCCGCUCGGCUGGGGGCGCGCAGUGUGACCCCCCCACCUCAGUGCCCGCCGCCCCGC